CUUACCUUGGUGAUGACCAGUCCUUGAACUCUUCUGCACGACGUAUCAACGUUGAUGAAGUCUUGGUGCAAGCCUUAUCACAGACUUCCUCAACACAGCAUGCCAACCGACGCACACGAUGCUGUCCUGGACGAUAUUGGUAGCAUUGUUCAUACAACGCAUCAUACAGCAUCUGCCGUGGCUGCAAAACUUUUCACACCGCUGCCGUGCUCCGUAGACUCAGUACAUCAACCCAUUGUCUCGAACGCCUUGCAUACGCACGCCCCAACGACCUAUUACCGCCUCCCAGCAAAGCGAGGCUGGAGGUCUUCAGCUCUGCACGCCACGAUGCCCUUGCAUUGCUAUUCUCGUCUCUUCGCCGUGGUCUCACUAACCUUGCACAGCAUUUGCAGCACGUCGCUGCCCACUUCGCGUGGCGCCACCAGCUUGCAGUGUCCAUGUUGAGCGAGGUUGGGCGCACUUGAAACGUCAGGGUCGCGAUGAAGUGGAGACCCGGUCCCUGUCCACGCACAAAAGCUGUGAUUUCCCGAUCCCUGGGUU